UGUUGCACUGUCUUUCAGCACCAUUGCAGUGUGGAGAGAUCAUUUGAAGCUCGGAGACACACAGGGAUCACUGGAAGGAAAAGUACCCGACCUGAGUGACCGCCCUGGGCAAACACAUCUUCUGCCUCCCUGUUAUACAGUCAAUGUGUUACGGUUCGUUUGCCAUUCUGCAGUCCAACCAACCAGGAGACUUCCUCAGCGUCAGGUUGUGCCAGGACGGGUAGCUGGGGACCGCACACACUCACAGCAGAUGCUCCCGGUGUUGGAGCUUGGCUGCCAGCAGUCAGCUUCAGUUAACCGAGCCUCGGCCUGGUCACGACUGAUGAAAAGCGGGGAUGUCUACCAGCUGCUGACAAGAAGAGGCAUGCUAACGGUGACCCUGAGAGAGUGACAGAUGUGUGCCACUGUGGAGAACCAGUUACAUCUCCCUGCGGAGAUUUGAUUUCCUGGGCGCUCAGGCAUCCAGGAGGGGGGUCUCUGAAAAAUAUGCUGGGUUCAGAGCGAGGUGUUGUUGAAGAAUGGCUCUCCGAAUUCAAGUCCUUACCAGAAACCCACAUCCCCAGCUACGCUGGCAGCCUUCAUCUAAAGAAGUCUCUGGUACCGGCGCUGUACAGAGUCAUCCAGGACCCCAACAACGAGCUGCUGGAACCUGUGUGCCACCAGCUGUUUGAGCUGUACCGGAGCUCUGAAGACCGCCUGCGACGUUUCACCCUGCAGUUCCUGCCUGAACUCGUGUGGGUUUAUCUGCGCAUCACUGCCAGCAGGGAUCGCCAGAGCAAUGGCUGCAUUGAGGCCCUCCUCUUGGGUAUCUACAACCUGGAAAUUGUUGACAAAGAUGGAAACAGCAAACUUCUUUCCUUCACAAUCCCAUCUCUGUCGAAACCAUCUAUAUAUCAUGAGCCUUCUAGCCUGGGGUCCAUGGCUCUGACUGAGGGAGCGCUGUGUCAGCAUGACCUGAUCAGAGUGGUUUACAGUGGCCUCCAUCCUCAGAGAGAAACCUUCACUGCACAGAACAGGUUUGAGGUCUUGUGUUUCCUUAUGCUCUGCUACAACUCUGCUGUGGUCUACAUGCCCCUUUCCUCCUAUCAGGCUGUCUGCAGGAUGAGCUCACGGGUGUGUGUGUGUGGCUUCCCUCGACAACAACAAAAGCUCUGGACAGAACCUUGCAACCGUGUCCUGCUGGACCCUGAGUUCAUGGUGCAGAUGCUCACUGCCGUUUACCACGCUAUAUACAAUGGAGAGUGGGAGAUGGGGCGAGAAGCUCUGGAGGACAUUGUCUACAGGGCCCAGCUGGAGCUUUAUUCCCAGCCUCUCCUGCUGGGGAACGCCAUGAAAAACUCUCUGCCAGAAAGCGCUCCUGAAGCUCCGCGGGGACGUAAGGUGCUUCAGGUGGAGGUGACCCCCACCAUCAGCCGUAUAUCUAUCUCGGCAAUCACUACAGCUUCCAUACGGCGCCACCGCUGGAAGAGAGAGGAUUGUUUUGACUACUCAAGCGAUGCAGAGUUGAGCCUCACCAUCAGUCCUCCUAGCCUCGUCCAGCUCCACCACCGCCACCUCCACGACCCCCCCAGGGAACCUACAGCUAAAGAGGAUAGAGGAGGGCGGCAUCACAGCCACCACAGCAGCAGCAUCAUUCCCCCCAUCACACUCGAGGAUGCUGACGGCAUGAGCGGUGGGGAGGAUUCCUUCAACAUCAACGAUCCGGAUGAAGGUUUCUCCUCUGGGGCUUCCAACAGCAGCCAGCCCAGCGGCACCAAGAGCGGCGGUGUGGGGCCGAGGGGCGGCAGCCUGAACAGCAGCAGUAGCAGCAUCAAGAAAGCCAUCACAGCUCGCCUGUCCAGGGACAAGGAGAAGGAGAAGGAGCGAGAGAGGGAGAGGGAGGCAGAGAAACAGGCGGAAAAGUGUGUGGAUCAGCAGGCCACGCCGCCGAGGCCCCGCCAAAGGCAGCAGUCCCCCCCAGGCAGCAUUAAGCUGGACGCCAUCCACCUGAGCCCCAUUAAGAAGCACCUGAGCUUCCCUGCAGGGCACCUCCUGGUGCGGACUGGCAGCACCUCCUCCAGCAAAUCCUUCGACUGCAUGAACCUGAACUUGAAUGGACGCGAGAAUGAGCUAGAGGAGGCGGCAGGCGGCUUUGACAAGGAAACGGGGCCUUUACUGGGGGGCUCCCACCGCCACUCCACUGUCAGCCUGCAGGAGGAACACCUAAACCGGCCGGAGGAGGCCCAGGCCCUCCUGUCCCCUGGAGCUCCUCUUACUAAGCAGUCGCGUUCUCCCAGCUUCAACAUGCAGAUCAUAUCACAGGUCUAAUGUCAGCGCAGGGAACCACAGAAACACACACACAUACGCAAAUAUUUAUUCAGUUUCCAACACGACCACUCUACUAUGGCAACCUGGUCAGUUUCUGUGUUUAUGAGGUGGGAUAAAAAGAUCUCCAGAUCUCUGGAGCUUUGUCUCUACUCCUGCGGCAUCUUUUAAGGUUUGACCUGCAGUCACAGCUGAUUAGAUUCUAAUAAAACACCAAACAUGUUGACGAAUUCCCCAUCGCUGUAGCUACAGUCCCUCCAAACAAGCUGAGCAUUCCACACACAAACUCUCCCAAUAGGGAGGAAAUAACAAGAGGAAGGAUUUCCGAUGUAAAGUCUCAUAACAUUUCAGAUUAUUUGAUUUUCUGACUGAAUCAGUCAAGCCAAUCAGCAAUAACAUGUCGCUCAUGUGGAGAAAAGUGGGAAUUAUUCCAGUUUUUCGCCCCCCUUUCAUUCCCGGGCUCUUGUGCAAUCAUUCUUGCUGAUCUCAGUCAUGAAAAGUUUGAUGAAUCUUGUUCUUUUUUUUAUAAUCAGUUUAAACAAACUUUUGAGAUUGUUCUCAAACCAAACUGGAAUGUGGUUUAAAAGUUUUGAAUUGUCUCCAGUUUUUAACUGGACAAGUCUAAAGAAAUCAUUCCUGUGCAGCUACACAAACAGAGACUUUAGUCUUGUGGCUUUGAUUUUUCAAUCUGAAGCUGAUUCUUGCAGGUUUGUGUGCGACUCUAAAGGCAAUGACUGUAUCUUUGUCGUUGGUUUCAUCCGAGUAGCUCCUGUUUUUCCGUGUUUGUUGAAAGUUGUGGCUUCCUGUGCUGGUUAUUUGCUGCCCUCUGGAGGCUCGUAGCAGUCACUGCGUUUCAUUGUCGUCACCAUCGUUGUCUUGUUUUUGUUCUACCUCAUUGUGUGCUGAAAUACACACCUGCCAGUCAGAUUUAUUCACUGAAGCUGAUCUGACCACAAUAGUUUCCCAUUUCAACUCUAGAUGUAAUCAUGUGGAUUUGUGACUGAAUAUCUCGUCUUUCUGUUCCACUUCAGCUGCAGUGCAGGCCACAGUUAGACUUCAGGUGUUUCCGUGGAUCAAGCAGCUUAGUUUAUUUUAAUUAAUUGUUUUUCUCUUUUAUGUAGUUGUUUUAAGUGCAAUUGUUUUUCUGAUCCUUGUGCAUGGAGUUCUUCUCUGCUGUGAAAUGCCUGCAUCUGCGCACAGAGCUUUUCUAGCCUUGUGUAGUGCUUCCUGCCCAGGCGGAGGGAUGUUUUUUUUUUUUUUGUUUGAUUUUACCUGCCGUGCUUGUUUCUGCAUGUGUAGUGCCCUGUAAAGCACAACUGCUUCAGAUGCACGAAGCAGCCCAGCGAGCCAAACCCGAAUCUUAUCCUCGUCUUAGCCAGAUGUGCCAUUACGCAUCCUCUCCUAAGGGAUUUAUAUUGGUGUCGUUGCUGCCCAGGUGUCUUACUGAAAAUGCCUGAUUGUUUUUCUGUUUACUGGUCUUAUUUUAAAGGCGAGGUUCAGAGACUUGGCUCUGUGUGCCCUUAGAUGCAGCUUCACCUUUUGCUUGUUAGGGUUUUAUUAUUGUUAUUAUUAUUUUAGAAGUAACCCACAGGGCCUUGCAAAGGUAUUUUUACCCCUCGAACCUUUUCAUAUUUCUUCACAAAGAUCAGUGUCUUUUAAUAAGAUUUUAUUCAAUGAAAUACUAAAGUAGUGUACAAUUGUGAUCUGGAAGGAAAAUAUUGCAGAGUUGUAACAGUCACAUGCAUAUCUAUAUUGGAUCAAUACUCACUGUGUUUGUGCAUUCUUUGUGCAUCUAGGGAAUGAUAAGUAAGAGCAUCUGUGAUGAGCCUCUGAUUUUAAUUAGUCUGGACUUUGACUAGGCUGCACAUCUUCACCCCAGUCUAUUUGUCAUUUCCAGCCUCUAGCAGUUCUUCUUUCAGUAAUUCCCUGUAUUGAGCUGCGUUCAUCUUGUCAACUCUUCCCAGCUUCCGUCAGCGUGAUUGGAACUGUAUUUUGAGGGUGAUGUGCUCACCCUAAGUUUUAUGUAAAAUUUUUCACUACACAUAAUAUUUUGCAAAUCAGCGGAAAAACAAAUCAGUUUUCAUCUCAUCUGACCAGUGCAGAAAGCUGUUAGAAAGCUGCUAAUAUGACUUAUUUAUGACUUUCUACAAGUAGAUUUCUGAAAUACAGGACUAAUAGUUGAUGACAGAUUCUCCCACCUGAGCUGUGGAUCUCUGUAGCUCCUCCAAAGUUAUAAUGGCCCUUUUCACUGCUCUCUUCUCCUAAAAACCCUGUGUUUUCAUACGGAGAUUAGAUUACUCACAGUUUAACAGCUUUUUACUUGUAACCAAAUUAGUUUUAUUUUUCUUCCAGGUCGCAGUUAUGAGCUACUUUGAGUUGGUUUGUCACAUAAAAUGGUUUAAAAUAUGAAAAAGCUCAAGGAGUUUGACCGCUUCUGCGUGGAACUGUAUGUCUGCUGUUAGCAUAUUACGUAGAUGGAAGCUGUCACGCAGCUUGAGGACUGACUGGUUAUUGUAUAUAAAUCUCUCACAUCGACGCUCCUGGUGUGCUUGAAGCCCUCACAGCUGCUCGUCCUGGUGUGCAUUCCCCAUAGAGAGCCUCUGCUCUCCACCUGCGUGAGUAAGCUGUCAUCCCCGUGACUUGUGACCCGGGUCCCCAUUCUCGCUGUAUUUUCGCCGUGAGUCCAGUGGCGCCUCUUUUGCUGUGUUUAAUGCCGGUGAUGUGUUCGCGUCUUUAACGAGUGCUGAGGUUACCCGCAGUCAUGCUGGGGCUGUGUGUGUUGACUUAGAGUAACCAAUAUCCCUCAGUGUGUGGUGUUAUUUGCAUGUGAUCAGGGUGGAAAAUGAACACCAGCUCGGGACUGUCAAUAAGGCCCAUAAGCUCCGAUAAAGGUCCAGGUGCAUUUCCAAUAAAACCUCCUUUCUGUGUUGAAUAAAACUCACUAGUUUAUUGGUCAGUUGCUGUUGCUGGAUGAGAAAGUUCAUUUUCCUUCCUGCAUGUGGUAACUGUGGGCUUUGUGUUCAUACAGUUUAAUGCACUUUAACCCAUCCACCUCUCUGAAGAUAGUUAUAGAUGUGUAAUGUGUGUAUACACUCAGUGCAGGGUCUUAGUCUCUUGAAAGUAGUACUUCUAUGGGAUUCCUCAUCUAUCACAAGGCUAUUUUUGUUGAAGACUAAAGGGUACAGCUAUUUAUUAUAUUUUUUUGUUUCUAAACCAAAAAAAAAAAAUCUAAAAAAUGACAGUUGUGAGGUUUGGACGGUCUCAGGAGUUUCUAAGGUAAAUAAAAAGAAAGAAAGAAAAGCCACAAUUAUUUAAAAAAAAGAAAAAUAGCAGCACCAAAAUUUCUGUUCUUGACGUCAGAAUUGAUUCUAUGCAACAUUUUUCCCGCUUUUCCUUAUUUUUUAAGUUAUAUUUUUGUUGUACAGGAUCUUGCUGAUCUGUACCCUGUGAGCAAAGAACCUCUCGAGGUCCAUCCCUGCAGAGAGAAGGCCGCAGCCGGACGGUUUUGGGUUUUGUGGGGCGCCUUCCUGUCAGCCUGCUGCUCUGUGGCUCGGGUCGGUGUAUAAAAUGAUUAGCGAUGAUGAAUCGUAUCCAAAUGCUUCCGUGGAAGCUGCUGGAUAACACUGUAGUAAUUAUGAUGUACAAAUGGAGAGAAAAAAAAGACUUAUUUUAAAAAUCUUGUAAAUACAAAAUGUAUAAAGGUAAAAGCAAGAUAAAUAUAAAAAAUAAGUCUGAGAUGUAGACAGAGAAUAAUCUGUAUAUUGUUGAAUAAAUAUUGUGCCGUAAACAAAA